AUGUCGUUGGCACUACCUGUAAUCUGUAGUUUCCGCCUCUCUCAGCUGGCGCACUGCGAGGACAAUCCCGAGUUCGAGCACCGUCCCGAGUUGCCCACAGAGGUUCCUGGCGGCAAGGGCUUCGUCGAGAAGCACUUUGCCGACGACCGUAAUGUCGUCGAGGCAUACAACAACCUGACCAACGUGGGCAUGAAGUCGGACCUGCUGCGAUACCUGGUCCUCUACGUCGAGGGAGGCGUGUACACCGACACCGACACGGUAGCCCUGAAACCCAUCGACGACUGGGUGCCCGCGGACAUCAGGGACCAGGUCGGGCUGGUCGUGGGCUCCGAGUUCGACCGUCGUGACGGAGGCGCCUGGGCCGAAAUCCCGCACUGGCUUCAGUUCUGCCAGUGGACCAUCGCGGCCGCGCCCGGCCACCCCGUCUUCCGCAAGAUGAUCGACCGCGUGCUCCAAUCACUCGACUACCUCUCCGGAAUCUACCAGCUACCCCUCAGCCAGCUCCAUCCCAGCAGCUUCGACGUCAUGAACUCGACGGGCCCGGCCGCCUGGACAGAUGUCGUCUUCGCCCAACUCCAGGAGUACGAUCCCUCGCUGAAGGACACCAGCGACUUGUCCUUCAUGGAACAGCCCAAGCUCUAUGGGGAUGCCCUGGUCCUGACCAUCGACGGUUUCGGCAUGGGCCAAUUGCACUCCCACAGCACGAAUGAUGGCACCAUCCCGGAAGCUGCUUUGGCAAGGCACCUGUUCCGCGGCUCUUGGAGGGAUGAAUAA